AUGUUCUCGGAUCUACCGCCCGAGCUUUGGCCUCUCCUCAUCAGCCACCUCCGAAACCCGCUUCCCCCGACACAUACUGCCCUCCCCCCUCCGCUGUCCACGCUCAAGCAGCCGCAUGUAGUGGCAGCAAUGAUGGUAUCCACGGAGUGGUAUCGGCUGGCCUCAUCAACCCUCUACUCCGCCGUCUCGGAGAUGGCCCUGGAGGGCUGGAAAGGGGCGUCACGCGCUUCCAAGCCCCUCCCGGUGUUUGAGAAAGCGCGGACGCUCUCGGUUGGGGCUUUUGCGGGCUGCCCCAAGCACUACAGGGGAUCGGGCGGACCAACAUCUACCGUCCGGAACCUGACCGAAGCAGCCCGGGAGUAUGUCGGCCAAUUCCUCUACGAACACCCCCAGAUUCGUCAUACAUGCGACUGGGCGGCAGGUCCCCUGAUUCUUAACGACAGCGUCAUCGCAUGCAUCUCGGACAAGCAGUACUCAGCACCCUCCAUUACGGCGCAUUCCUUCGCAGAGAGCGCGUCCAUACCCCACUUUGAAACCUCGUAUAUUCCGACUCGGCGGUACUUCCGCGCGGCCGCAAAAUCCGAGUCACCGUCAUCUACUGGAGGCGCGAUCGUCGCGAUGGUGGUGGCUGCCAUUGCGGAACGCCAGAGCGGAAUGGAGGAUCUGGGGAUGGAGAGCGACGAGUAUGGGUGGAACCUGGAGGAAGAUGUGUACGUCGACCUCACCUCGGACAGCUCGGCGGGCGCGAGUUCUGCGCGGGAUCGGGCGAGCCGGAGGAAGCAGGCCGCAGACUUCACCGGCGUUAUCGAGGGGAUGCUCGCGGCGAGCAGGGCUGCCCUGCCCACCGUCAAACUCCCGCACGACUCGUGGACAGUAACGCAGCUCUUCGACGCUCCCAGAUGCGAAGCGUGCGGCUGGGAGCCAGAGGGGACGGAGGAGCGGGGCGUGGUGGAAGCUUAG